AUUUAUUUCAAUAAUAAUAAUAAUUAUUAUACAGUUUAACUAUAACUAACUAUGUCUAGCAACUAAAUAACUUAUAUUUUUUUAAAUAGUUUUUUAUCUUGAACAAUUAACUUGAACUUUAAAACAAAUAAAAAAAACAAAUUUUUUUAACAACAAAAUAAAAGAUCAAAAUGACUGAAAACAAUGAACUAAUCGAUGGAUGGAUACAUGAAUGUCAACAAAUGUUUGAUGAGAUUAUCGACAAAGUUUUGAAUGAAUCUUUAGGAUCGGAUUUCAAACGAUUGAGACCGUCAUUGCAGAAAAUGUUUGAUUAUGUUUUAGGGAACCGGGAUUUGUAUGCUUUCGCCAGAAUACUAUUAUCAACGUAUAGUGUACUGAGUGGUUGUGGUGAUGGCGGUGCUGGUGGUGGUGAUGAGCACAACCAGGGAUCAAACAACCAGCCAAUUGAUAGGCGUGUCUAUGCAUUGGUCUGUGCUAUGGCAAUGGUUAUCAUUUACGUUGAUAUGUUGGACGAUAUUAUGGACGGCUCGGACACACGUCUAGGAAAGCCGUGUUGGCAUACAUUGCCAACAGUGGGUAUGUCGGCCCUAAACGAUAGUACUAUAGUAUUGUCGACAACUUAUAAGAUUUUGAAACUAUAUUUUAGUGAUCAUCAAAAUUAUGUGCAAAUUGUUCACUGCAUUCAAGAGUCUAUCGAGAAGACAGCUUACGGCCAAUUGUUGGACAUGCAGUCUACCCGUUCCCAGACAAACAAUGUUGAUCUGAAUACCUAUACCUUAGAUAACUAUAGACAAAUUAAUAAAGCUAAAAAUGGUGAUUUUGCUACCGGUGCAUUUUUAUUGGGUAUGUAUGCAUCGGGUCAGUCAUCGUACGCUAAUUUGGACAAAAUUGACGAAACGUUGACCGCAUUGGCCAUUCUGGAAGGUGUUACCAAUGAUUUGGAUGAUUUGCUAACCGAUGGCACCGAUAUUUCAGAGGGUAAGUGCAGCUGGCUUUACGUUAGGGCCAUACAGUUGGCUGAUAAUCGACAAAAAUCAUUGCUAUUGGCUAACUAUGGACUCCCGGAUCCCGGUGCUGUCCAACUGAUCAGACAAUUGUACGGCGAGUUGAAUAUCAAGACCGAAACCGAGGAGUUUAUCAAAACCGAGAUCCGACUAUUGAAACAAAAAUCAUUGGAUAUCAGCAGUACUACUGAUAAUACAGUACUCAAUCAAUUGCUUAACAAAUUUAUUGCAAUCUAUAAGAAAUAUUUUGAAUAUUUAAAUAUUUAAUUAUAAAU